GGCGAUCCUACUGUCGGCUUCAACGAGCAUGCAGCUUCGUCGCUUCCUCCGCACCACGAGAAUGAGAGGGUUCAUGAGGGCCCGUCCAUCGCUGCACAACCUCAUCGACCUCCCCGACACAUGCGCGAACGCCGACCCGAAGAUUUCCAAGUCAUCUGUCACGUGAAAUACGCAGGAGAUGUCAAACUGUGUCUGACGGCGGAAAUCCUGCUCGACUAUCCCAUGCCUAGUUUCGUCGGACUGCCGCUGAAGCUGAACAUUACGGGCCUCACGUUUGAUGGAGUUGCCGUUGUCGCGUACAUCCGGAGACGUAUGCACCUCUGCUUCUUGUCACCGGAGGACGCAGACGCCCUGCUCGGACCGGAGGAAGCGCUGCGCGAAAGAGAAGAUCGUUCUCCCGCCGCGCAUAAUCAUCCUGGCGCUGAGGGCGUUGACAAUCGUCCGCGCGGCGACGCAUCCGCAUCCGCAUCAGCGUCAGCCGCUUCCUCAAGAAGGCGUUUCGGCAGUCUGCUCCAGCACAUCCGAGUCGAGAGCGAGAUCGGCCGCAAGGAAAACGGGAAGCAAGUCCUGAAAAACGUUGGCAAGGUCGAGCGAUUCGUCCUGGACCAAGUGCGUCGCAUCUUUGAAGACGAAUUCGUUUAUCCGAGCUACUGGACAUUCCUCAUAUGA